AUGAGGAACUUUACCUUAACAACAGCUUUACUGCUCUGCAGCCUGAGCUGGAUCUCUGCUUCUGAGUUCUUCACUGUGGACGUCCAGACUGGUGAAGAAGUCACACUGCUGUGUUCCAACUUUUCCAGUGCUCCCACUCAGAUAUUCUGGUUCAGAGUGGUCAAGAGAUCAUCUGAGCCUCACUGUAUCUCAUUUAUAUUCCAGUCUUUCAUGCCUGCUUCAUUCUGUGAGGGAUUUCAAAAUGACAAGUUUGAAAUGAGCACCAACCUUUCAACAAUUUUUCUCAAAAUCAAGCAAGUGAAUUUAACAGACUCUGGACUGUAUUUUUGUGGAUAUAAAAUUAGCAAAAGCCCAGUCAUUGUCAGUGCGACAUACUUAGAGGUUCAAGAGUCUGGUGUAAUAUUAAUGCUGACGAGUGUGAUCCUGGGUGGUCUGACUACUGUUCUUGUAAUGGUCAUCAUUGGUCUGCUGCUUAAAAUCAGGAAAAGGAAGACAGCCCAUAUUGAAGAACUGAAUCUACAUCAAACAGAGAGUCCUGAGUGCAAUGAUCUGAACUAUGCAGCAGUGACCUUUCAUCCAAAAGACGGAAGGAACCACAGGCCUGCAUCUGAGAGAGAAGCAGAUGGUCAGGUUAUUUAUUCUGCCACCAGAUAG